AUGUCGCAGAGAAUAGAUUUGGGACAACUUCACCCCCAACAGCUUGUAGAGCUCAAGAAGUCCACCGAGGAAGAGGUCACACACUUCACGUCCUCACUACAAGCAUUACAGACGGCCCAGUCUAAAUUAAAAGACUGUAUAAGCAGCAUCGAUAACAUGAAAUCUCAGCAAGACAAGCAGUUGCUUGUACCUUUGACAAGUUCUUUGUAUUUGCCAGGCAAGGUACAAGACCCAGAGAAGUUCUUGGUAGACAUUGGUACUGGCUACUAUGUGGAGAAGACCAGCGAGGAUGCCAAGCGGGUAUAUACGUCGAAAAUCACCAAAUUGAAUGAAGACUCCGCCAAGUUGAAAGAAAUCUUGGUACAGAAGAACGAGAUAUUGAAUCAGUUAAAUAUGGCAUUGAGAACAAAGGUGUUGCAAAUGGAGAAGGAGAAUGCCAAGCCGGCUGCCUGA